AUGGCGGACACUGAAAUGCAAGAGCAACAUGUUCCUUCUCCUGCUACUGAUACCAAAAGUGUAGAGGAAGAGCCUAAAGAAAAAGCAGCCAAGGAACCAAAGUCCCAUGUUCCUCUUGAGGAUAAGACUCGUACUUUGGACUCUGAUCUUCAUUUACCUGAUGCUAAUGAGGAAAAAGGUGUUCAGGAAAGUGUUGUUGAUCAGUCAGAAAAAUGA